CUGGUUGGCUUCUAGCUAGUACUCCGUUUAGCAGCCAUGGCCGAGGGGAAGGUCUGUGCUAAUUAAAUUAAAUACCCCAUUUCUUUUUUUUCUUUUUGGGAUAAGGAUAGAUCUUUGUAUUUUAGUUGAUGCAUCGGCAUAGCUCCCUAAUUAAUUUUGCUCAUCUUAUCUGCCCUUUCUUCUAUGUCAGAACCUGAAUCUUCUUCUUCCAUAUAAUCCUUUUAUGGAAACUUCCUUCUCUUCUAAUAUGUGUGUGUAUAUAUAUAUAUAUAUUUGCUUUUACAGGUGACAACAAUGGUGCUAAGUGUGGAUUUACAGAGCUCAAAAUGCUGCAAGAAGGUCAGGAAACUUCUCUGCAAAUUUCCUGAAAUACGAGAUCGGGAGUAUGAUGAGAAGGCAAACAAGGUGACAAUUAAGGUGGUGAGCUGCUCGCCGGAGAAGAUCAGGGACAAGUUAUGCUGCAAGGGUGGUGGAUGCAUCAAGAGCAUUGAGAUCAAAGAGCCGCCUAAGGCUGAUAAUCCGCCUAAGACUGAUAAGCCAUCUAAGACUGACACUCCGCCUAAGACUGAGACUCAGAAGGCUCCGACUCCGCCGCCUAAGGAUAAGCCUGUGAAAGUAUCUGUAGAUGUACAAGUCCAGGGGUCUAUUUAUUGUAAAUUCUGUAGCGGAAGGCCUAGGGGCCCAUGUUUCUGUGGCGGGCAAUUCCAGUGCGUUGUGUGCUUUUGUAUAUUCUGUAGCGGAAGGCCUUGUGGCCCAAGUUCCUGUGGCGGGCAAGCCCAAUGCGUUUGCAACAGCUGGUGCGGGUAUGGAAGCGGCUGUGGAGAAACUCAACAAGACUGCUCAAUCAUGUAAAUACUAAUAACGAGACUCUGUUUGGAAUCCAGCCAAGUUAAAUUCAAUAAUAAGUAACUGUUGAUUUAUAAAUUAGAUUUAUAAUU